AAAAAAAGAAAAAAAAAGGGGGCAAAUUUUUUUCAUACGAUUUCUGCGCCCUCUUCUUCGGCGUUUUCGCUACUCUACCCCAGCGAGCCCCGGUACGACCAACCCUCCCGCCGGCGCCGCCGCUCGCCGCGGGCCAUGUACAAGCUCGGCGGCCGUGGCGGUGGGCGCGGCGGCAGCGGCGCGGCAAAGCGCCCGCCGCCUCCCCACGGCCGCGGCCGGGGCGGCGCCUCCUCUAUCGGCGGGAUGUCCGGGGCUCCCCGCGGUCGCGCCGCCGCCGCCACGCAGCCGGCGGGGCGCGACGAGGCGUUCAGCCUCGAGUCCAGCGGGCCGCCCGCCUUCGCGGCUAUAAUACGGCUGACGCCCGACCUCGUCGACGAGAUCCGGCGGGCGGAGGAGGCCGGUGGAGGCGCACGCAUCAAGUUCAACCCUAACAUGUACAACUCGUCGGAAAACGUUAUAGAUGUUAGUGGUAAAGAAUUCAAAUUCACCUGGGCAUCUGAACGUGGGGAAUUGUGUGAUAUUUAUGAAGAACGUCAGAGUGGAGAGGAUGGAAAUGGGUUGCUUCUGGAGUGUGGCUCUGCUUGGCGCAAGGUGAAUGUGCAACGCAUUUUGGAUGAAUCAACAAAGAACCUUGUGAAAAUGCGCUCAGAGGAGGCUGAACGUCUCUCAAAAUCUCGAAAAUCAAUCGUGCUGGAUCCUGCCAAUCCAUCUGUCAAGAGUCAGGCCAAGUCAAUGGCUGCUGCUGCUGUAGAAGGUAAUCCACGAAGGAUGCACUGGAAGCAGAAGAAUGAAUUUUUUAAGAAGAAUAAAGCUGCUGUUAUCACCCCAACCAAAUCAGUUUCCAAGGUGAAGUUAUCUAACAAUAUUCCCAAAGGGAAUAUCUCAAGUUCACCUGCACCUUCUCCUGAACAACCUGGAGCAAGCAAUCCUUCGUUUCCUGUUGGAUCAGAUGCAAAUAAUGAAGUCAUAACACCUUAUGAUUUGAACAAAGGGGAAAACAGUAAAUAUGAGAAAUCAGCUGCAAGUAAGAUGUCUAACAAAGGUAUAAAUCGCCGAGCAAGUUCUCAUGCUGCAAAUGUGGAUGAUAAUAAUACAAAUGAAGUACGAAGCUACUUGAUAUCUGUGCUCUCAAAAAAUCCAAAAGGAAUGGGCCUAAAGGCCUUGGAGAAAGCUGCUGCAGAUGCAUUUCCAAAUGCAACAAAGAAAAUAGAGAGCGUCGUCAAGAAUAUUGCAAAUUACCAAGGACCUGAGAGGUAUGUUCUCAAACCAGGGUUGGAGGUAGAAAGCUCUAAAAGGCAUCCAUCUGAAGGAGUAAGAUCCAUCAGUGAGAACAUUGAGGAAUCUGCUCCAAGCCUAAAGAUUGAUGAUCCUGAUAUAUGUGAGAGGAUUGACAUUGUGGGCUCCCCACUUGCUGCAACAGAUGGAAAACUCAGUAAUGACAGUGAAGGUAAGGCUGGAACUUCCAGUGACAGUGGAAGUGAUAGCGAUAGCGAUAGUGACAGCAGUGACAGUGGAAGUGAUAGUGGGAGCCAAAGCAGAAGUGCUGCAGAAACUGGUAGCGGGAGCAGCAGUGAUAGUGACAGUGAUGCCUCAUCAAGCAGUAAGGAAGGAUCUGAUGCAAUUGUUGAUAUUACAAGUGAUGAUGACAAAGGAAAUACAGCACAUACAAAAGUAGUAGAUGACCUUAAUUUGUCUUCAUCACCAAGAGAUUUGACAAGACUUGAUGUUGAUGAUGAACAAAUUGACAUUGGAACAAAUCUUGACUACAGGAGUACAUCACCCCAUAUUGAUCUGAAUAAUUUUAAUACUGGCAAUGAUGAUGCAGCAGCAGAGGGCUUUAGUGCUGGCAACCUGAACAAGCCAUCUGAAAUGCCGGGAAGCAAGAACAUGACAAGCACCAGAAUAGAUUCUAUAGGAGGCGAUAACAAGUAUAAUGAAAUGUCUUUUCUGGACAACCUUUUUGAUGACUCCAUGAGAACAGCCAGUGAAAAUUCACCCAAGGGGGAAGCUGGUCAAUUGAGACCGCAGCAUGGCAACAAGAGAAAAUCAACAUCAAAGGAUGAAUCAAAACUCGGCCCAGUGAGUAUUGCCAAACCCAAAUUGAAAAGGUCUUCUGGUAGUGAGAACUCCACAGCAAAGCCUGAGAGUGCCAAAAAGGUCAAAGCUGACAUAGCAUCGCCAAUAGGUUCUUUAUCAGAGCACAAAAGAAGUUUACCCCCUGAAAAACAUACCAGUGAUAGGUUGAACAAGGAGACAGGGAAUGUUAGCCGCGAUGCUUCACGGGAUAGCAGUCCUGGCAUGAAAGGAAGACCUUCGGCUCCUGGAAAUUUACAGAGGAUAGAUCAGAGCCCAAAUUUACCUGUCCCAACAAUGCACUCUGAGAAAACAAAAGAAAAUACUGUGAAAUCAAGUUCGAAGAAAAAAUCAGAUAAGAUGCAGAAACCAUGGCAUGGUAUGGAUGGUGACUUUGGGCCAGGUUAUUCACAUGGUGUAGAUCACCAUGCCAAUUUUGAUGGCUCUGAUGAUUCUUCCACAAGAAAAAGGAGUAGACAUGGGAAUCCUCUUAUUGAUGAUAAAAUGCUUAAGCGCUCGAAGGACGUUAAUGUCAAUGUAAAUUCCAUGAAUUUAACCAAAGUUUCCAGAGAAAUUGUUGUGCCUGAUGAGAUAACUGCUUUUCCUGAAUCUAACGAAAGUAAUGGUGAGCCAUCAAAUUCACAAAGAGAUAAUGUUGAGAGAUCACCUUAUGGUAAAAAAAAGCUCCAGAGAGAGCUCUCUGAUCUUGAGUUGGGUGAACUUCGUGAGACUUCUUUGGAAAAUGAUGAUGGAAGGAUAAGGAAGCAAUUUGAGAGAAAUAGUUCCUCCAAGUCGCUUGAUGCUAAAUUAACUAGUGUAAAUAACUCCUACCCCAGUAUGAAUGACAGGAAGGCUCCUGCAACUGUCUUUCAUGAUAAGAGGAAACCUUCACCUCAAGAAUAUGGAAUUGGAGGCCAUAUACAGCAGGAAGGGUUUCCCAGGAAGGCAGCAGGGUAUGAGUUUGAUGAUAAUAGGCCUCAGCAAAGAGAAAAUUUUCCAGACAACCAGCAUUUGCCAAGGAUUGAUAAUUCAGAUUCUGAGAACGUAAUAUAUCCAGAUAGAUCAGGAGAAAAAACAAGCAAAAGGGAAACUAGGAUUGCACACGGUGGAAUGCUAGAAUAUGCUGAUAUGCAGAAGAAGAAAUCAACCUCAAGGCUUCCACAGAAUGGUACUAAUAAUGUCAUGGUGUCUCGAAUGCAGAAAUCAAUAUCCCCAUCAGAUAAUGAGGAAAGGAGUAGGAAUAACUCUUUGAUUGAGACAGAGGCAGGUAGGAAGAGAAGGGACAGUUCUUCAGAUGAUGAUAAUUUAUUUUUCUCCAAGUAUGAUAAAGAUGCACCCGAACUUAAAGGUCCAAUAAAAGAUUACUCACAAUACAAAGAUUAUGUGCAGGAAUACAAUGAGAAGUAUGGGGUUUAUUCUUACUUGAACAGUCAGAUAGACAAAACUAAGUCGGAAUUUUUAAAGGUUCAGGAUGAUCUCAAUGUUGCGAAAGAAAGAGACAAGGAACAGUAUUAUAACACUGUGGAAAGACUCAGAGACAUGUAUCGUGAAUCAGGAGCAAGGCAUAAAUUGAUGAAGAAGGUCUUCAUUUUACUUCACGAGGAACUGCAGAUUAUUAAGCAAAGAAUUAAAGAUUUUACAGAGGCCUAUUCAAAUGAGUCAUUUGCAAUUGCGAUUCAGAGGCUGUCACUUGUCAAGGCUGAUAACGUCUGGGCAUCAGCAUUAUGCUUUGCCUUUGUAGAAGUUUGCUUGGCUUGGAAAGAUUCAGUCAAAGGCGCAUAUCACAGGAAACCUGAGAGACACCGUGAUUCUCAGGAUCACCAUGCUGAAUUUGAUAGUCAUCACGGUGAAGUGGAGGCAAGGACAGUUCAAAUAUCAAUGACGUUGCUGGACACCUCCGAUGCAAUGCAUGGGGGAGACAGCCCUGAUUCAUCACUCGGGGAGGAACUGGAGAUGGACGAGGCGGAGAAGCUGAGGUGGCCCUUCUCGGACGGCAGCGUCACCGAUCUCCUGGACGCUCGCAGCCUCCACGGCUCCCCCGACAUUAAGAAAAAAGUACAGUUCCAUUCUUCUCUAGUGCAAAAGCUUGCUUUGGAAAAGGAGAUGGAGGGUCAUGCAGGUUGUGUGAAUGCUAUCGCGUGGAACUCAAGUGGUUCGCUUCUUGUAUCAGGAUCAGAUGACACUAGAAUUAACAUCUGGAAUUAUAAUAACCGAGAGCUGGUGCAUGAUAUUGACACUGGCCAUUCUGCAAAUAUCUUUUGCACAAAGUUUGUCCCAGAAACAUGUGACGAAGUAGUAGUCUCUGGAGCAGGAGAUGCAGAGGUUCGUGUUUUCAAUAUGUCUCGAUUAAGUGGAAGAAGGCCUAGAGAAAUUUCUAUGGAACCAACAGCGGUUUACCAGUGUCACUCGAGAAGGGUCAAGAAACUAGCUGUUGAAGUUGGCAAUCCUAAUGUAGUGUGGAGUGCAAGCGAGGAUGGUACUCUAAGACAGCAUGAUUUUCGGGAGUGUAGUUCCUGUCCUCGUGCAGGAUCUGCUAACCAGGAAUGCCGUAAUGUGCUUCUUGAUCUACGAUGUGGAGCAAAGAAGUCUUUAGCUGAUCUACCCAAACAUCCUUUGGCACUGAAGUCUUGUGACAUUAGCUCUGUUUGUCCCCAUCAAAUCCUUGUUGGUGGGAGCGAUGCAUUUGCUAGGCUGUACGAUAGGAGAAUGCUUCCACCAUUGAGCUCAUGUCAAACCAAAAGGAAGCCACCGACAUGCGUUAAAAUGUUCUGCCCAUUGCAUCUUGCUGACAGUAAGAAGACAUAUUUGCACCUUACACAUGUUGCAUUCAGCCCAAAUGGGAAGGAGGUUCUUUUAAGUUACAGUGGUGAACAUGUUUAUCUGUUCGAUGUUGACCCAGAUAAUAUGAGUUCAGUUAGAUACACAGCAGACUAUGUACGGGAACAAUUAUUUGUACCCCCUUUCCACAAAGUACCAACAAAAGAACAUGCAAAAGAAAAGAAGCCUUCAGUAAAUACAACUUCAAGAAAUUUGUCUAGGGUAGAUAUGUGCAAGAAAUUUAUGCAAGUCGCAGCAAGAUCUCUGGAGACAAGCAAGAACUUAAUGCGUGGGAUUGAAGCAUGCAGUGAAGUUCUUGAAUCAAUGAAACCUGAUAUUGAUGAUGACAUGAGGCAUGAAUUUUUGUGUACUCGAGCAGCAUUGUACCUAAAGAGGAAGUGGAAAAAUGAUGUUUACAUGGCGAUUCGAGAUUGCAAUAGAGCGCGGAAGAUUGAUGCCACAUCAUAUCAAGCACACUUACAUAUGGCUGAGGCACUAUUGCAGUUAGGAAGACUGAAGGAGGCAUCUGAGUAUGCAGAGGUGGCAAAUAGUCUUCUUCCACCUCAUUGUCAAUUGAGUGAGCAGGUGGAUGAUUUCAAGCAACGUGUUGCUUCAGCUGAGCUUGAGAAGAACAGAACAGAUCAAAAUGGGAACUCCAAAGCUGAUACUAAUGGAAAAUUACGCUCAUUGAGUGAUAUAUUAUUUAGACCCGAUGUUGGUGGUUCCUCACAGGAGGGACGAGAAGAUUCAGAUUAUGAUGAUGAAAUGGAAUUGGACUAUGAGACAUCGGUAUCUGGUGAUGAAAGCCGAGAGAAUGAUCAAGGUGUUUUCCGGGGUAGUUUAAGUUUCCGAUUUCAUCAAAGAGAGGAUCAAACCAAUGAACACACUGAUGAGAAUGGGUUAAUUGAGUCUGCUCAAACCGAUGAUUCUGCUUUUCAGUCAGAUGUUGCCAUUGAUAUGAAACAAAGAUAUGUUGCACACUGCAAUGUAGGGACAGAUAUAAAACAAGCCAGCUUUCUUGGCGAGCAAGGGGAGUUCAUUGCCAGUGGAAGUGAUGAUGGUAGAUGGUUCAUAUGGGAGAAGAGAACAGGAAGGCUUAUUAAAAUGCUUGCAGGGGAUGGAGCUGUCGUGAACUGCAUACAGUCUCAUCCCUUCGAUUGUGCUGUUGCAACAAGCGGAAUCGAUAACACGAUAAAGCUAUGGACACCUGAUGCAAAUGCUACAUCUAUGGUUGCUGGACCAGAACUUGAUGUAUUAAGUGCCAUAGAGAAUAAUCAGCGGAAGUUAUGUCGGAACCGUCAAAUUGUACUGCCUUUUGAAUUUUUGGAACGAUUCCGGAUGCAUGAGUUUUCUGAAGGUUUCGAGUGUGCCCAGAGCUGAUUUACUAUCGCUGGAGUUGCUGAGCUUUUCCAGGAAAAAUGUUUUAGUUGGAAGAAUGAUAUCAUCCAAGCUACAAGCAGCCUAUGUUUGAAUUAGUGAAAUCGCGAGGCCUUGUUGCGAUUAUAGAGUGUAGACACACCUGGAUAGACAAGCAGGUGGGCCGGUGCUGAAACUAUUACUUGAGAUGUCAAUAAAUACUGGAAUUAUGUUGUGGUUUGGGGUGGUAUAAUGAUUCAUACGCGUGUGCAAAGCUGUGUGGAUUCAUUCCCUUGUACAGAUUGUAGAUAGGUGACAUUUUGCAAUAAGUGAAAAUAACAUAUGUACAUGUGCAGUAUUGUCUGCGUGCCGCAGUUAGGUCAUUCCAGUUUGUGGACGUGGUGUAGAAACUGUGUUAUUGUAUAACACUUACUUUUUAUUUGCUAUAUAUAUUUUGUCUAUUUUCUUAGGCUUAGGUAAGGUGUAUUGCCUUUUGUACGUCCUGCGUAUGUUAAGGUUAGGAAUAUCCCCUUUUUGACGUAUGAUGAAUAAUCAAUGAAUGAGACCACUGGAGAUGGCCUUUGUGUGGA